GUAUAGUAGCACUUUUUAACCAUCCCCGUAUUGCUCAUCCGAAUGAUCCUCACUUAAAUGAUCUCUAUUUAUCUAUAACUUGUAAUUAUAUCUAACAUGCAAUGAGUGACCUGACCCUGUUUGACCUGACGGGGGGCUAUGGUGUGUACCAGUUUGUGUAUGCUUCUCUCGCUGCUUUGGUCACUGCUCUAGUCUGCACGGAUUCUGCGCUGACUCCCUUUUUGUUCCACGACAUCUCUCACAGGUGCUCAGUGCCUGCGGCUGCCGAAACGUCAUCUAACACGUCAUCUUAUUCUCCACUUCUUUUCAAUGUGACCACGACCACUGCUUUGUCAUCUGUAGCUGCAAUAGGAAACUUCUCUAUUGUAGAUACUGCCUUCAGUGACUCAUGUGAUGCGGGCUACUCGCUCUCCGAUUGUGCUUCGGUGGGCGGGCAGAUAGAGUACGAGUGCUGCUACCCAUUCCACAGCACUGUGGUGUCCGACUUCGACCUCAUCUGCGAGAAUCUACACUACAAGUCCAUCGCAGAGUCAAAUCUGGGUCUCGGUUACCUCGUGGCCUCAGUGGUGAUUGGGCGCUUGUCAGACAGGGUUGGAAGAAGGAAAGUGGCUCUCUAUCUGCUCUUCAGCAAGAUUAUCAUCAACGCCCUCCUCUCCCUAUCCGCCAACUACUACCAGUUCCUCAUUCUAUACUUCCUCAACUGCUUCACAGGCUACGGCAUCUUCUUGUCGUUGUUUGUGUUGCUGACUGAGAGCUUCGGCAGUUCCCACCGGUACCUGGUGAGUGUGAAGGUAGAGAGUGCGAGUGUGUUGGGGGAGUUGUCUGCCUGUCUCCUGUUCUAUCUGGCCUCCUCCUGGAGACAAGUGCCUCAAGUACUCACUCUCACCAGCUUCGUCUCAUUCUUCCUUGUGCUGAUGUUCCUCUACGAGUCGCCCUUGUGGCUACUGUCCCAAGGCAGAAUGGACAAAGCGGAGGCUGUGAUUAAGAGGAUGUCCAUCAUGAACAGACGUCCUAUCCCACCCUCCAAACUCAUACAACUGAAACAAUUCUACUGCACAUCGGAGCCUUCUGACCAGACAAAAAUGAAAAGAAAGAAAAAGAAAAAUGAGAAUACUGAAUCGCUCCUUGCCAAAGAAGAUUUACCACAACAGGGGGAUAAAAAUAAGGGUGAUCGCAAGGAGUACAUGGGCGAAGACAGUGAUGGAGGGAAUAGUAUUGACAGCAGAAGUGACAACGAGGAGCGGGCCACGUGUGACUCUGUCUCUAUCCCUGGAUCCUCUGGCUCUUCUGCCUCUGCCCUGGAUCUGUUCAGACACCCAACUGUCAGGGCCAAGUCACUCAUGACCAUGUUUAACUGGUUCUCGGUGACCUCUGCCUUCUACGUGAUCUAUCUGAACAUGGCCUCUCUACAUGGUAGUGACCCCUACCUCUCUUUCAUCUAUGGUGCACUCAUUGGCAUCCCCAGUGUCCUCGUGUUCAUAUGCACCAUGCAGAUAUUCGGAAGACGACCCAUGUUCUGCCUAUUCAUGACAUCCGGUGCUUUGUGUGGUCUUGGCACUUUGAUGACUACCACAGUCUAUUUCGAAGAGCGCUUCUCCCCCCAGGCGGCCGACCGGACUGCGAUGUGGCUGACGAUAGGGGGUAAGUUCUUCUUCGGGUCAGCAUUCGGAUUGGUCUACAUCUGGAGCAGUGAACUCUAUCCCACUCCUCUGCGCAACACAGGCAUGGGACUGUCCUCUUUGUGUGGCCGAGUCGGUCUUCUAUUAGUCCCAUUCGCACUCGAGUUCGGAAUUGUGGCCCAGGCGUGUGUGUCAAUGUUGGGCUUCGUGGCUGCCUUCCAGUCUCUCUUCCUCCCUGAGACUCUGGGCACUGCUCUCCCACAGACACUCUCCGACAGUCAACUCAUACCACUGAGGAAUUGGGGCCAAAUAUGCAAUAGAUCGAGCCUUAAAGUGGACAAGAAAAAAGAGUACCUAGAUGGCAAGGAACUUAAAGAAGCAGAAGUAUAUCUAGAGCUUACUUCGGGAGUCAACGGGGUCAAGAAGAACGAUUUUGGAUCGAAAUCGGGUAAGACAGGGGAACAGUUCAUGCGGCUGCUAGAUGACCAAUCAGAAAGUGACAAUGAAUUAGAAACAAGGUUAAACAAAAACGAUAAAGAAGACGAUGCUAGCUCAAGGUCAUCACACGGCGAGGACUUUGGCGAUGAGAACAAUGAAAGUAUACAUAUCAGAUUUACAGACUGAAUGGCCUUGAAACAUAUCUCAUUUAAAAGGUGCACGCUGGCUUAUUUGUUUGAAAUAUUAGUUUGUAUUCUAUUUGUAUAGGUUAAUUUUAUUGUAUUUGUG